UCACACGCCCCCCCGUAAUUCCUCGUCCCUACUACAGUACUACUAGUAGUAAAACUUUCCUGCGUCUCCUCCCGUCCAAUGGCGACUCCACCGGCGGCCGGGGCGCCGCGCCGGCGGUGGUGCGCGAUCCAGGGUCUCGUCGUGUUGUUCCUCGUCUACGUGCUUGCGGUGCUUGUGCUCGCCGGCGGCGAGCUCUUCCACGACGACCAGCUCCAGCCCCGCUUCCCAUCCUCUCCUGGAAUCGGAUCCUCUUCCUCCUCCUCCUCCGCUCGAAUUCUCCUCUCGCCUCGCUCGAUGAUCCGCCGUCUCGGGGAGAUCGCUCGCCGUAGUGGAAGCAGGCGGUGGUGGACUGGUGGUGUUCGACCGGAAUCGGGCUCUCCAAGAAGCGAGGGAGGAAACAGUUCGGCCACGGAUCAGGCGUGUUCGCGGCGGUGCGCCGCCUCCGGCCUGGCGGGGAUGGCGCUGCGCCUCGCCGAGCGUCUGUCCUUGGAGGAGGACAGCGUCGGCGGCGGCAACCUCGUGUUCUCGCCGCUGUCCAUCUACUCCGCGCUCACCGUGGUCACCGCCGGCGCGCGGGGGACCACCCUGGCCGAGCUGCUCGCCGCCCUCGGCGCGCCGUCCUCCCGCGACGCGCUCGCCGAGGACGCCGGCGAGAUCGUGCGCGCCCUCCCCGGCGGCUCCGGCACGGCGACGGGCGGGCCCCGCGUCGCGCACGCGUGCGGCCUCUGGCACGAUCGGAGGAGGAACGUCAAGCCGGCCUUCCGCGACGCCGCCGCCGCGUCCUUCCAAGCCACGACGCGCGCCGUCGACUUCCUCGCCAACCCGGAGGAAGCGAGGAACGAGAUCAACAGCUGGGUCGCGGCGGCGACGGAGAACCUCAUCGACACGAUCCUCCCGCCGGGGUCGGUGAGCACGGACACGCGGCUCGUGGUCGCCAGCGCCAUCUACUUCAACGCCACAUGGCAGACGCCAUUCCGCAAGCAGGACACCAAGAAGGACAAGUUCCACAUCCUCGGCGGCGGCGGCGACGUCGACGCAGACUUCAUGCGCAGCGGCGACGACCAGUACGUCGCCGCGUACGACGGGUUCAAGGUGCUCAAGAUGCCGUACAACACGCGUGCCUCCCGUACGCACACGCAACCGCAGUACUCGUUGUGUGUCUUCCUCCCCGACAAGCGCAACGGGCUGUGGACCCUCGCCGACAGGAUGGAGGCCGGCGGCGGCGAGGUCUUCCUCCGGGAGCACAUGCCGGAGAAGCGCGUCAAGGUCGGCGAGUUCAGGAUCCCCAGGUUCAAGCUCUCCUUCGACGGCAGCAUCAAGACCGCGCUCCAGGGUGUCGGGGUCAGGGCCGUGUUCGAUCCGGCAGCGGCCGACCUGUCCGACGUGCUGGAGGAGGGCAACUCCGGCGAUCCGCCGCUGUUCGUGUCGGACGUCCUGCAUGGGGCAGCGAUCGAGGUGAACGAGGAGGGCACGGAGGUGGCGGCGGCCACGGUGGUUAUUAUGAAAGGGAGGGCGAGGCGGCCAUCUCCGGCGCCGGCGCCGGUGGACUUCGUCGCCGACCAUCCGUUCGCCUUCUUUGUAGUGGAGGAGUCGUCGGGUGCGGUGCUCUUCGCCGGCCACGUCGUUGACCCCACUAAUCCUAGUCAACUGUAAUGAAAUUUGCAUGGAUCUUAAAUGGUCGUGGCAACUAGAGAGCAAAUUGAGCCUUUUAUUCGUUUUAAAUUGGAUAUCUACCCUAUAGUAUGAAUUUAAACUGGCUAGUUC